UCUCUCUCUCUCUUCCCGUCUCUUCUCUGUCUUCUUUGCAGAGCUUGCGCCGCCCGAGAAGACCAAACCUGCUUCCUUCUUGCCUUUCGCCCCCGAGUCUCGCCGGUUAAUGGGAGCCCGAUUUGUCGGCACCGUUCGUGUUUUGUAUCGGAAGAAGAGGGAUUGAAGGUCUGCUUUUUUCCUUCAGAUAGCGGGCCGCUUUGUUCGCCGUGUUAUCGAAGAAGAAGAGGGAUUGUUUGGGUCAGCUUGGUGUGUAACAGUGAUCUGAAGGACUGGUAGCUGGUGAAAGCUUCUCCUUUUUUGGUUUCGUUCUUCUUUUUUCUGUGUUGAAAGUUAGAGAGAGAAAGGGUGGUUUGGAUGAUGGAAUUGGAGAAUUCCUCCGUCAUGACCGUCUCCAACUCUGGGUCCGGGGAGGCUAGCGUCUCCUCCUCCGGCCACCUACAGCCUUCCGCGCUGCAGAACACGGACCCGCCGCCGCCGCCGAUUCCGGUAGUCAAGAAGAAGAGGAACCUUCCCGGAACGCCGGAUCCGGAGGCGGAGGUGAUCGCGCUCUCGCCGAAGACGCUGAUGGCGACCAACCGGUUCGUUUGCGAGAUAUGCAACAAGGGGUUCCAGCGGGACCAGAACCUGCAGCUGCACCGGAGGGGGCACAAUUUGCCGUGGAAGCUGCGGCAGAGGACGGGAAAGGAGGUGCGGAAGCGGGUGUACGUGUGCCCUGAAACGAGCUGCGUGCACCACGACCCGUCGCGGGCGCUCGGCGAUCUCACCGGCAUCAAGAAGCACUUCUGCCGGAAACACGGCGAGAAGAAGUGGAAGUGCGAUAAAUGCUCUAAGAAGUACGCCGUGCAGUCCGACUGGAAGGCCCACUCCAAGGUCUGCGGCACCCGCGAGUACCGCUGCGACUGCGGCACCCUCUUCUCCCGGCGAGACAGUUUCAUCACCCACAGAGCAUUCUGCGACGCGCUCGCGGAGGAGAGCGCCAAAACCGGGGCAAAGCCGCAGGCGGCGGACGGAAAGGCAGCGGCAACUCAGGACGGAGCUGCUGCUGCUGCUGCAGGUCAGGACGCAAUAGCGGCGACGGCGGAGACAGCUCCGGCCGCUGUGAUGGCGGCGGCGUUGCCGCCACAGCAAGUGACACCGCUGGAGAGACAAGAGCCGGAGAAGCCCACCGCACUGCUGCAAUACAUGCCGCCGCUCUCAGCGUCGCUGGCCAACACCAGCGGUGUCACCACCACCAGCAACAGCAGCAGCAGCAGCAGUAGUAGCAGCAGCACCAGCCUGUUCGCGAGCCUUUUUGCGUCGGCCACCGCCGCCACCGCAGCAGGUCACGGCACCGCCACCUUAUCCGACCUGAUGGGCGCGAUGGGACAGGUCGACCGGCCCUUCGUGGAACCUCCCUCGCUUUGUCUCGCCACCAACGGAAGGCCGGCGCCGUUGUUCUCGCCGCAGGCGCAGGGUCAUGACCGGCGUCCCUUCGCUCCCCCGCCGCCCUCUCCGCACAUGUCUGCGACCGCGCUGCUGCAGAAGGCAGCUCAGAUGGGAUCCGCGGCGACCGGCUCGUCCUUCCUCAGAGGCUUCGGCCUCGAUGCAGCUCCCUCGGGGCAGCAAGAGAGUCUCCAGGAUAGCAGCCUUCGAUGGGGCCACCAUCAUCACGCGCAGCAGCAACAGUCGGAAACGGAGCCAUCUCCCAUGCUAACUGCGGGGCUCGGGCUCGGACUCCCGUACGAGCCGGACUUGAUGAUGGGAUCCUCCCAAUUGUUCGGGCCGAAACCGGCGACACUGGACUUUCUCGGUCUAGGAAUGGGGCCGGUGGGCGGCACCCCCAACGGGGGGCUAUCGGCGUUGAUGACUUCGAUCGGUGGCGGUGGCCUCAACAUGGGACCAGGAACAGCUACCGGAGGCCGUGUAGGGUCGGAGAGAAAGCCGACUAGCCCUGCCAUUCGCUAGCAUACCCCCACUCCGGUGAGUUUUCAGCGGAUUGGAAGGUAGAGGUGGUGGAAGAUCUGCAUGUAUUCGUUCUUUUGCUUCAAAGAAUGUUGUGUUCUUUUCUUUUUUGUUCCUUUUCUUUUUUUGGGUCUUUUGUCGUCUUAAUGCACGUCUUAAAUCACGUAAAAUAUAGUGGUACAUAUCGUUUCAAGAA